AUGUUUGCCAGUGAACCUCCAGGAGGAAAGGUGACAGCAACUUCAAGCAUGGUUAAAAGGCCUAGCACAAUUGAAGAGAUCUUGGCAAUAACUAUUAAACCUGGUUGGAAGAAUGGAACAAAGAUUACUUUCCCCGAGAAAGGGAACCACGAGCCCUUUGCUAGCCCAGGAGACCUUAUUUUCGUAGUGGACGAGAAGCCCCAUCCUAUUUUUAAGAGGAACGGCAAUGAUCUGGUCGUCAAUCAGAAGAUUUCACUACUUGAUGCUCUCACGGGGAAGACUCUCAACUUGACAACAUUGGAUGGACGAGAUCUCACUAUUACAGUCUCCGAUAUUGUCAAACCAGGUCAUGAGAUUGUGAUUCAAAAUGAAGGAAUGCCCAUGUCAAAAGAACCUGGUAAGAAUGGAAACUUAAAGAUCAAGUUUGAUGUCAAAUUUCCGUCAAGGCUUACUGCAGAACAGAAAUCAGAUUUGAGAAGGGCGUUCGGCAGGACUACCGAUUAA